CCUCCGAAUAGCAGCACAGCGCUGAUGCAGGAAGUGGAAGAAACGGAUAUUUUUGGUGAGAGUCGUCAACGACGAAAUUCGGGUGGAUCGGUCGAUAGUGUGGAGAGUUCGUUCAGUACAAUAUUCUCAUCGAUACCGGGUAUGAUCAAUUCAUCGCACAGACUCGAGACGAUCACAUCGGAUCUGGAGAGUGAGAGCACGGCUGGCUCAUCCUUUGUUGGACACGCUUCUAAAGAACAGAUAUCAUCCGUUCUUCACAAGUUGCAAGGUCGGGCAGCGAACUACAAGGACAAAUAUAGAAAUCUAGUGAAGCUGUACAAUGAGGUUGUGCGUGAGAAUGAGAAAUGCCGAGUAUGUGAAUUGAAUUUUGAAAUGUUAUGUGUUUUUGAAUUGUAUUAG